CUUCAGGAAAUGAUAGGUUAGGUUGCGUCAUCCGAUUCACACCACACACUUCCUGCAUUCAGAGGAAUAUUUGCGCAAAUAUUGUGAAAUUGUGAUUUAAAAAGUUAUCUGAAUUAUUUCAUUCGUACUGCCUCGUCAUUUUCGCUCUUAUCAUUCGCAUAUUAUUUGCAAUUUGUGUUCUGACCUCCAAACUUGUAAUUUUAAACGGCAGUGUCUUCAUAUCCAAUCAUAUCACCUAGUGACUCUCCAAAAGGUUUGCCCCUUUUAUUAGUGGUUUCCCUCCUGGUUCACUGGCCAUGAAUAAGUUGUUCUAAAGUUUACCAGAUCCAUGCAUGGCUUGCUCUGGCAAUGUUUUGACCGAUGAUGAGAACAUUGAUGCAGUCAAGUUGAAGAAAUCUUCUAGGGACAUCAGCUCUGAUACUCCUCUAGCUUUGAAUGUCACUUCUGAAGAAGAGGAAAAGGCUCCAUCCACAAGACGACACUUAAAAUUUCAGCUAUUUGAAUUUUGUCAAGCAUCCGGACAUUCAUCAAUUAAAACUGUGCCAUUAUAAUAGAAAUACUUAUUUCUUAAGACUAGUCAUGAGUCUCUCACGAAUGGUUGCACUGUUUGUGGGCCAUGGCAGUCCAAUGAAUGGGAUAGAAAAGAAUCGCUACACAGAAUCUUGGCAAAAGGCUGGCGAGAGUUUGCCUCGCCCUCGUGCCAUCCUAGCAAUAUCUGCUCAUUGGUUUACGGAAGGCGCAGCUGUAACAGCAAUGGAAAAUCCCCGCACGAUCUAUGAUUUUUACGGCUUUCCCAAGGCCUUGUACAAACCACGCUAUCCUGCGCCCGGCUCAGUUGAGCUUGCGAAACAGGUUGCCGAGCUUCUAUCGCCAGUCUCUGUGCAGAUGGAUCAGGAGUGGGGUUUUGAUCAUGGUGCUUGGACUGUUCUCAUCAAUAUGUACCCAAAAGCAGACAUACCUGUGGUACAGCUCAGUCUAGACAUAACGAAACCACCGGCAUGGCAUUUUGAAAUGGGUCAAAAACUGGCUCCAUUGCGUGAUCAAGGCGUCAUGAUUGUAGCAAGUGGUAAUGUGGUGCACAACCUGAGAAAGCUAAAGUGGGAUUGGAAAGAUGGUGAUGAUGUCUACCCAUGGGCCGUAAACUUCAACAAAUAUGUCCGGGAAAACCUCAACGUGCAAAUGGAAGCAAAAGACCACCCGCUUGUGAAUUUUAUGAAGCAUGAAUAUGGCAAGCUUUCAGUGCCAACAUCAGAACAUUAUUUGCCCUUGCUUUAUGUGCUAGGCGCACAUCAUCCUGAUGAACCUGUGAGUAUCCUAGUUGAUGGCAUGGAAGGAGGCGGUGCAAUUAGUAUGUUGUCUGUGCAAUUUGGCUGAAAUGCCAAGUAAUUUUUACCAAAUAUAGAAUGAUAGUUGUCCGUAAAAAUACCAAAUCAAAAAAAGAAAGAGUUGAAUUAAUUACCAGGUAGCUCUCACCUUGGUUAGUUUUUCAAAGCUUCUUAACAUUUUUGAUAGUUGAGAGCAUACAGUUGCCAAGUAGCACAAAUGCAACGAAAAUAUUGCUAUUUGCAUUGCAAAAAAAUUUUGCAAUCUCAUCCUAUGAAAUUACAAUCGGUCUCUGCGAAAUUGCGAUAUUUUUAUAUCAUUUUUCCUCAAUAAAAGCCAAUUUCUAAUGAUGAAAAAAAUUUGUUCCUUAUGUGAGAGAAGUAUGCAAUCUGCAAUGUAAAAUAAGAUUCCAACUUUUUUCAAUUUUAUGUGAAUAAAUUUCACCACGAGGAGCACCCUGAGUUGCUCAAUAGACAACAUACACAACCCUCUCAUGCAAUAGCAUUAAUUUGACAAUGUGAUUGCAAUUUGUUGCGACCUCUGCUACUUGACUUGGCUAAACUUCGAACCCUUUCUCCAUUUUUUCAUAUAUUUGUAUCUAUUGAAAUAUUUUGAAGAUUUGGUGCAUGUGAAUUGAGGAAAAAGUUAAUCAUUAAACAAAUGAGAAAACCUGACCUGAAAAUAAAACCACUCUUAUGUUUAUUUUUUUGGUCGGUUUGAUUUAGGGAGUAGAAAAAUAUAUGUAUCUCCUAGAAUGAGGUAACCAAUUCCACUGGAAAAUUUUAUAUAACUUAAUCGUACACAAGACCAAUCCACACCAGUCCGUCUUUUUGCAUUUUUUUGGAUGUCCACCCCUCCCCCCUCCCCGCCCACCUAUCAUUCGACUGGAGCCAGUGAACGUAUCAUUGGCUGCUCCCAUAAGAUAUGCAUUGCAUUUACACUUCCUGCCGCCAAUGCUGAGCAGGGUCUCAAUAUUCAUCCACAGGCAUGACUGGCCCGUGUGGACUGGUUUUGCUUGUACAGUGUACAUUUGGAAUCAGAAUCAACCUAACUACAAUCGAUGUUGUCCAAUUUCUUCUCAUGUUUUAUUUAUUCACCAGGAAACAAUGCAACACUCAGACUUAGAAUUACUCUAUGACUACAUACUUUCUUUUUAAUCCAGGAGAAAAUCCAGAGUUUUUUUUUUUUUUUUUUUUUUUUUUUUUUUGUAGUUCUACCGGCAGAUGGCUGUGUUAUACGUAGUCAGGGAUUUUGACUCUCAUCUGUUUUGCGCUACCACCCCAACAUGGGGUGGGUUUCGGCCAGAUGAUUGUCUGGAUGGUUAAACUAUCAUAUGUUGGUUUGGCUCUAAAUUAGAAAAUGCUCUGAUCAGGAGCUGGCUAGGGAGAUCGGGGACCGAGAUCGAGCCGACCAACUAAACCAAACUCACGGCUGCAUAUCUGCCCGGAUAGUGCCGGAAUCAUCCCUAGAGGGGGACUCUUCUCCGGCUGCAACAAUAAGUGUCGGGGUGUGGUUGGUAAUUGAAGUGUUAUUUAAGGUUAUUUUGUGUUUAAGUAUUUUAGUAAGGUAGUUCUGGAUUAAGUUCCAAUUUUCUUGGGAGUUAAGCAUGGUUUGUAUUACAUUAAUUGGUGAGAUUUCUAAGUUAAGUUUUGAUACUAGUUCUCUCUUCUAUGUAAUACAAAUCCAGAGUUUUAAGUCACAAAGUUAUUCAGUUCUGCCUUAAACAGAUACUUCAUGAAAAGAAAUUAGACAACAUGACAUAUGUUUAGAAUGAUUUUGGUUAAAUACUUCCAGUGUUAAUUAUUGAAGUGUGCUGAAAAUUUCAUCGCAAGGCCAUAAUGAAAGUCCUAAAUAUUACUUUUUUAGGCAACUGCCUUUGAAAUUCUGAGCCAUUUUACAGUGAAACCAGGCAGAGAAAUAAUUACGUUUUCAUUUACUGUACUGUAUUCCUUACCUACUCAAGUAUUUUUUUUUGUAUUAGCAUGUUUUUCAGUUGAUAAAUGUUUGGAACCAUGAUAUUUCAAAAUACCAACAAUGAAAAAUAUCUGUAUAUCAAUGAUCUGAUGCAAGUAAUGAAUGGUUGUUGUUCACUUGGCUCAUUCAGUUUAUUGUCUUAUUUUCCUAAACUUUUUUUAAAAUUUGUAAUUCUCACAAACGAAUUUUUUAAGUGAAGGAUAAACAUCGCAUAAACAAUCAAUUGUAUCCUUUCUUAUCAGUUACCUGAGUUACCUGAAUCAGGCUGUGCAUAGUUUUAAGUUUUGUCUUAGGUAUUUUGACUGAAAAUGAUUUCUGUACAAUAAUAAAAAAAAAAGAACACAGA